UGGCUUAAAGAACGUGGAUCUACGUUCUUUGAUUGGCUGCAGCAGGCGGCGGCCAGCUGGCUACACGCGGAACGGAAGCUUGGUCCACGGUGCUGAAAGUGAACGCGUCUCCUUCUGAGUUUGAGUCUCCGAGACCAUGUCGCCUCCCAAAAGGAAAAGGACGACAGACAUUAGAAAUUAUUUCGCUACCUCGGCUGUAAGUACAGUGAGUGGACCCAUAAGUUAGAUAUCUAUCACGCAACGCAUUUGUUGUAAAGUCCGGUGUUUAGUAAGGUCAGCACUGAAUGUGAGGUAGAAUAGGUCUGUUAAUUAUAUAAUAUUUUUUCACAUAGGAUGCUCAGACAGCAGAGCAAGGGGCAGAGCAGAGCGAUGGAGAGGUGGCUGGAGCUUCAGGGCUCCAGGUGAGGUGUUAGUUCUCAGAUAUGUAAUAUACUGUGAAAUUAUCUCAGUAAAUAUGGCAUUUGAUGUGUUAGUCUUAAGUUAAGCUAUUGUGAAUACAAACCAGGUUAUGCUUUGUUUGCUCUAUAGGAGGCAGUUAGUGUGAGUGGCAGUGACCAGGGAAGUCAAGGCAGCAGUGCCCUGGACAUGGGGAGUGCGCCAUACCAGCCUGAUGUAAAAUUCAUUGCAGCACAGCAGCUGCCCAAUAGAAGGUUGCUGUUUCAGGCCAAAUGGUUUAGCCUCUUCCCAUGGCUGCAUUAUAGCCCCAUGAUGCAAAAAGUUCUUUGUUUUGAGUGUGUCAAAGCCUUUACCAUCAAAACGACCUCCUUAGAAAAGAAACAUGAUCCUGCAUUUUGCCUAAAUGGUUUUGGCAAUUGGAAAAAGGCUUUUGAGAGCUUUACUCGCCAUCAAAAUUCGAGGGCACACCAUCAUGCCGUCACUGUGAAUGCAAUGGAGCAAACUCCAGUCCAUAUACAGCUGGCCAGUGCUUUAGCCAAAACACAGCAGGAUGCCAGGCACUGUCUUGUGGAAAUUAUGGAGUGUGUGAGGUAUCUGGCUAGGCAGGGAAUUGCAAUGAGAGGGCACGCUUCAAAUGAGGGUAACUUGUUCCACCUUGUGAAGUUAAAGGCAAAGGAUGACCCAGUGCUAACUUCCUGGCUGACUCGCUGCCAUGAUUAUGUAGGUCCCCAGUGCCAAAAUGAAUACUUGACUUUGUUUGGCCACACAAUUGUGAGAGGAAUUGCUGCAAUGAUUAGGUCCCUCCCUGUUGUCCAAAUUUCUAUCAUUAUGGAUGGAACCCAUGACAUCCAGGCCAAAGAGCAGGUCUCUAUAUGCCUGAGGUAUGUUGAUCAAGACCUGGUGCCAGUGGAAGCAUUUAUCGGCUUGUUUGAUACACCAUCUACAACUGGUGAACAGAUGGCACAACUAGCUCUGGACAUGCUUCUCAGACUGAACCUGCCUAUCUCAGGUGUGCAAGGACAGACGUAUGACGGGGCAGCAAAUAUGGCAGGCCGUUUUUCUGGCGCCCAGGCAGUGCUCAAAAAGGAGCAGCCCCUGGCAUUGUAUGUACAUUGUGGCGCACAUUGUGUCAACUUAAUUACCCAAUGUGCAUGCAAUUCUUCACCCUUACUGUGUGACGCACUUCAGUGGGUCCAUGAACCUAGAACACUGAGCAACCAAUCUGGCAAAUUUAAAGGCAUUCUGGCACAGCAUACUGUUCCAGAGGGGCCCACCAGGACAGUUAAACCACUCUGUCCCACAAGAUGGACUGUCCGUGGGCAAGCUGUGCAGGUAGUCCUCAAUGAAUAUGAGGCUAUCCUAAACAGUCUGGAGGAAAUGGCCUCACUCGGUUCCGACACAAGCACUAGGGCAAAUGGUCUAUUGGAGCGAUUCCAAAAAGGGAAGACCAUUUUAGGCCUCAAGCUAGCCACAGAGGUGCUCGGAGAGCUUGAGUGUUUGAACAAAUCCCUGCAGAAUUGUUCCCAAACCAUUGCUGGCAUGCAGACUGCAGUUCAAUAUGUAAGAUCAGCUAUUCAGGAGAAAAGGACUGAUGCAAAGUUUGCAGAAUUGUUUGAGAAGUCAGUGCAGAUGGUGGAUACUUUUGGGAUUGAAGCCAUUGAAAUUCCUCACCAAAGGAAACCCCCCAGGAGAUAUACUGGUCAGGCUAGUCAUCAUCAGCCAAAGACAGCAGAGGAAUUCUACAGGUGUGAGUUUUUCAAGGUCUUGGACUGUUUUGAUAUGCAGUUCAAAGAGAGAUUCAACCAACCUGAUCUGGAGAAAUUCAAACAGGUUGAGGAUGUGCUCCUCACCGGUAAGGUUAAUGACACUAUUGGGGAGUACCCAGAGAUUAACAGGGAGAAUCUGGGGAUUCAACUUUCCAUGUUCCUUAACAAACAUCCACUAAAAUCAAGUGCAGAAGCAGCAGAGAUACUGAGAGGGAUGGCCAGGGAAGUUUGUGGCCUAUUCUAUCAGGUGGAGACGCUUGUUAGGUUGUUAUUGGUGAUCCCUGUGGCCUCAGUGGAAGCUGAAAGAAGCUUCAGUGCUUUGAAAAGGCUGAAAAACUGGUUGAGGUCGACAAUGACCCAGCAGCGCCUUAACAACAUCAGUGUAUGCCAUGUGCAUCAAACAGCACUGGACCUCAUUGAUAUCAAGGAAAUUGGGCAGCAGUUUGUGUCUGUAAAUGACAGACGGAAGCAUGUGUUUGGUGCAUUUAAAUAACACUUUUUGCCAGUUGACAAAGGCAGACACACAUGAGCAUGCAACAAACAUUGCAAUAAUAGAGAAUUUUAUUCAUGUUUAUUUUUUUGUUAGUGCAAUAUAUUAUUUUAUUUUUGAUUUAUUUGUUAUUUUAUAAAUCUUUUUUGUUCUUAUCUGCAAUUGUGUUUGUUGUAUAAUCAUAUAGAUCCAGAGGAUAUUUCUUUUUAUCUUGCUUGUAAUGUUUGCUGAAUUUUGAAAAGGAAAAAGUAAAGUGUUCUUGAACUGAUCUGCUGAGUAUGACUGUAUCUGGUUGUAUACACAAGAUGUAUGAUCAAGUUAUGGUUAUGGUUGGGGGGAGGGGGUUAUUAAGCCAAUGUGGUGCCCCCACUGGUCAAAAAUGGUCAGGGGGGGUUUGGGGGGGUGUUGAUCAGCAAGUUGUAAGGUCCCCACCAAAACUUAGACCAAACCUACGCCCUUGCGGGAGAAACAGGGGAGUUCUUUCUCCAGGGCCGAAGUGAAAUCUACUUCAGGGUUAACGCCUUCAUACGCCUUGGACAUGAACCACACGGUGGCACGAAGGUGGCUGGAGUUAACCUUUAAUAGCCCCAGCUAACAGUAGAAACUGCACAGACUUUUCCCUUAACCGCUACUCCGGUCGUCAGCUACGCUCACACUCUACACAUCCAGUCUCUCCCACGCUCCCUCAGCCUUCCCGUUCUCUUUUUUUGCAUGCAGCGCCCCCUUUUUGACUGAAGGACGGCUGCCACACUCAGCAUACACACCACUCAUGAGCUAUCAUCACAUACAGUGGAGGCACUUUCUGCAACACUACCCCCACUCUGGAUGGCAAUUAAGUAAUAAUUCCACUCCAGCUUUACAAUGCAUAAAACCGAUACACAAUCCCUAUCGCUAACAAGAGAUAACUGUGACAAUCAUUCAUACAUAUAGGGGAGGUGUAGCAUCAAACCACAUAUCCAAGUGAUAUAAUUAGCUCAUUUAAGGUGUACCUCAUGUGCAAAAUUAAGUUUUACAUGCAACAGCGGAGGAAAGAAAUUACUCAGUGACAUCCAUGACGACCGGUGUUACGGAAAAAUGAUUAUUUUUAGUGCUAAUACAGUUAAUCUUACGCCAUGUGAAAAAAA